GCCGGCUGGGUCGUUUGCGGCUGCGGCGGGGCGUGCAGGCGCCGGGACGCGCUGGCCUGGCAGGCAGGUGUGAUAAGCAUGAAGGUCCUGUCCUUGGUGGUCGUGGUCGUCUGCUUGCUGGCGCCCCCGGCUCAGGCCAACAAGAGCUCUGAAGAUAUCCGGUGCAAAUGCAUCUGCCCACCAUACAGAAACAUCAGCGGGCACAUUUACAACCAGAAUGUGUCGCAGAAGGACUGCAACUGCCUACACGUGGUGGAACCCAUGCCGGUGCCAGGCCAUGACGUGGAGGCCUACUGCCUGCUGUGCGAGUGCAAGUACGAGGAGCGCAGCACCACCACCAUCAAGGUCAUCAUCGUCAUCUACCUGUCCGUGGUGGGAGCCCUGCUGCUCUACAUGGCCUUCCUGAUGCUGGUGGACCCUCUGAUCCGAAAGCCGGACGCAUACACCGAGCAGCUGCACAAUGAGGAGGAGAACGAGGACGCUCGCUCGCCAGCUGCAGCGGCCGCGUCCCUCGGGGGCCCCCGGGCAAACACGGUGCUGGAGCGCGUGGAAGGGGCCCAGCAGCGGUGGAAGCUGCAGGUGCAGGAGCAGCGGAAGACGGUGUUCGAUCGGCACAAGAUGCUCAGCUAGGAGGGCCGCGGGCGGCUCCGGGACGUGAGGCCGUGCCGUCCGCUGCUGCGGCCGCGGCCCAGACCGGUCCUCCCCCGGCUUCCCUCCGCCAGCCCGUGGCGUUCUCCUCCUCCUCCCCCCUCUCUUUAGAAAUGUGGUGCUCAGCCAUCUCGACUGGGGUCUCCUUGGGUCUUUGGGGUUGAGGGGAGGGGGCAGACAGGCUGGAAGUGCGUGGACACCUUGGCACUGGCCUCGGGCUGGAUGGACGUGCUCCUUGCCACCUUUCCAGCUCUGAGUCCUGCGAAUGCGAUGGCUUCAGAAGGCGCUGGGGCAGCCAGGACUCAGGAUUGGAGGAAGGUGGCCCGCAUUCCGCCAGCACUCCCUCCUGCCCUGUCCCAUCUCUCCCUCCCUUGCAGCCCUCAGGAGUGGCCCUGACCCCGCUGGGGCCUCCAGGGCACUCCUAGGGGCUUGGGCCCCCUCCCCCAUGCCGCUGUUGCACGGUGCACGGCAGUGCCCAUGUAUUCCUGCCCAGUCUGCCACCUGCCCCCACCUGCCCCCAGUGCCUGCCCUGGCCGAGCCACACGGUUGCUAGGACCACGGGGCACAGGAGGCUCACGUCCCUGAGUUGUACUGGACCAAUGCAUGGAGAGAAAUGUCUAUCUCUCACCGUCUUGGAGCUGUCUGUGAAUGAAGGAAGCCAUCAUUAAAGCGUUGAUUUCUCUCCCCCUC